GAACCGAAGUCAGUCUUCGGAAAGUGCUCGCUUGUGUCGGUCGUAUUAAAAGGUUACAGGGUGAAGUACAGUUAUUGAGCAAUAAAUAAAAGAAUAACAGAAAAAAAGGUUUAAAUCUACAGAAAUACUAGUGUUUUUGAAAGUGUACGAUUUCAAAAACGUACAAUCGGUCUGUAAAUCAAGCUUUAUUUCGAAAGACUCGAAUGUUUCCUGCAAAAUAAAAAUUUUCAUAGAGGAAGCCACCGCCUCUCAACGCAAAAGAAAAACUGAUUUGAUUGAAUUUCAAGAGAGCUACAAAUGACGAAACAAUUCGAACCUAUUCUGGGAAAUAACUAUACCAUUUGUCAAGUGAUUAAAAGUAAAAUUACUGUUGUUAAAGCAGUUACUACUGGUGGCAAUCUAGAAACCAUUUUCUAUUUAUCGUCAAUAAUUUAAGCUUACAUUUGAAUCUAAGAAAAAGUGAUCUAAGGUUUAAUGUACCUACCUUGAAGCUAAGUGAUUGUUGAAUAAAAAUUUGAUGCGUAUAGUGAAACAAGCAACAAAUUAGCGGCCCACAAAGGUUCCCCGUGGAGUAUAAUUUAGUUUAGCAGUUCUGGAACGGAACGGGAAAAGGUGGUGAAGUAAACAAAGCAUCCGAUGCCGUAGUGCAAGAGUUGGAAACGCUAAAGGGAAAAAGGCACUAAUAGAGGUGUGCGAGGCAUCACCGAAAAAAGAAGCAUAAAGCUGAAUUGUUUUUGGUUCUGCCCAACGGGUGCUUCCGGUUUGCUUGAGUGAAUACGUGAAAUUUCCUACCCUGCACGAGUGAGUGUGAAAUUUCGGACCCCAAUACUGCAUACUAUCGAGAAUGAUUGAUCAAGCUUUACGUGUUUGAGAGAAAAAUCGAUAUUCCUCAUUGAAAGUUGUAAAUUGUGCAGAAGUGAUAUAUCUAGCUAUAUGCGAUAAGUACGAAAGUUGCGAGUUUAAAUCUGCAGACAAAACUACAACGCAAUCAGAAGCAGACAAUAUGGCCUUGGAAGAAACACAGAACGGGUCGGUGGUGCCGCAGAAGGAUGUCGCACAGCAGAUUCAACCAGCCUCGUCCACCGAAAAACUGAACGCGGUGGCCAACGGUACCGAGAAAUCUCGAAACAACAAUAAACAGAACGACACAAACACAGCUUUUCUCAGAGCAGCCCGAGCGGGAGAUCUGCCCAAACUGAUAGAGUACCUCGAGACGGGACAGGUCACAGAUAUAAACACAUGCAAUGCGAACGGGCUCAAUGCCUUGCACCUCGCCGCCAAGGAUGGGCACUACGACAUUGUUCAGGAGCUGCUGAAACGUGAGGCAAACGUGGACAAUGCAACGAAAAAAGGUAACACGGCACUUCACAUAGCCUCAUUGGCGGGCCAGAAAGACAUCAUCCAGCUGCUGCUGCACUACAAUGCCUCGGUGAAUGUACAAUCGCAGAAUGGCUUCACGCCGCUCUACAUGGCGGCCCAGGAGAACCAUGACGAAUGCGUGAACUUAUUGCUGGCAAAAGGAGCGAAUCCGGCCCUGGCUACGGAGGACGGAUUCACACCUCUGGCCGUAGCAAUGCAGCAAGGUCACGACAAAGUCGUUGCCGUUUUGCUGGAAAGUGAUACUCGCGGUAAGGUGCGACUACCGGCGCUCCAUAUAGCAGCCAAAAAGGAUGACGUCAAAGCUGCAACACUAUUACUCGAAAACGAGCACAAUCCGGACGUGUCUUCCAAGAGUGGUUUCACGCCGUUGCACAUAGCCGCCCACUAUGGGAAUGUCAAUGUCGCUCAGCUGCUGAUCGAAAAAGGUGCCGAUGUAAAUUUUACCGCGAAGCACAACAUUACACCGCUGCAUGUUGCCUGCAAGUGGGGAAAGCUGAAUAUGGUCUCGCUCUUGAUCAAAAACAAGGCUCGUAUCGACAGCAUCACGCGAGACGGCCUCACACCGUUGCAUUGUGCGGCACGCUCCGGCCAUGACCAGGUUAUCGAGCUAUUGCUGGAAAAUGAGGCCGACAUAAUAGCGAAGACGAAGAAUGGGCUGGCUCCACUUCAUAUGGCGGCGCAGGGCGAGCACGUCAGUGCGGCCCGAAUUCUACUGGUAAACAAGUCUCCGGUAGACGAUAUUACAAUUGACUAUUUAACGGCGCUUCACGUGGCCGCUCAUUGUGGACACGUGAAAGUUGCCAAACUUUUGCUGGAUCGAAACGCAGAUCCUAACGCCAGAGCCCUGAACGGGUUUACGCCUCUUCACAUUGCUUGCAAGAAAAACCGAAUUAAGGUUGUGGAAUUACUAUUGAAACACGGUGCUACCAUCAGUGCAACUACCGAAAGUGGACUGACGCCGUUGCACGUGGCGAGCUUCAUGGGCUGCAUGAAUAUUGUGAUUUAUCUACUACAACACGACGCUAGUCCCGAUAUACCGACGGUGCGAGGAGAAACACCGCUACAUCUGGCUGCUCGAGCUAAACAAAGUGACAUCAUCAGGAUUCUGCUUCGGAAUGGUGCCUACGUAAAUGCACAGGCUCGCGAGGAUCAAACACCGUUGCAUGUAGCAUCCAGAAUCGGUAACGUCGAUAUUGUGAUGCUGUUGCUGCAACAUGGUGCUAAGAUUGAUGCCGUCACUAAGGAUAACUAUACUCCGCUACACAUUGCCGCUAAGGAAGGACAGGAGGAUGUUCUGGCUGCUCUGUUGGAAAACAAAGCUAAUAUGGAAGCCGUUACAAAGAAAGGAUUCACUCCACUUCAUCUGGCCGCUAAAUAUGGCAAUCUGAAAUGCGCACAACUGCUUCUGGAUCGCGGAGCGCAGGUUGAUGUUCAGGGCAAAAAUGGCGUUACACCUUUGCACGUUGCUAGUCAUUACGAUCAUCAGAAAGUGGCAUUACUCCUUUUAGAGAAAGGUGCUUCUCCCUAUUCUCCAGCUAAAAAUGGCCACACUCCGCUACAUAUUGCUUCCAAGAAGAACCAAAUGGAUAUCGCAAAUACUCUGCUAGAAUAUAGAGCAGAUCCUAAAGCUGAGAGCAAAACUGGUUUCACACCGCUUCAUCUUAGUUCCCAAGAAGGUCACCCGGAUAUGUCCAAGAUGCUGCUGGACAAUGGCGCUAACCCUAAUCAUGCUGCCAAAAACGGUCUCACUCCGCUUCAUCUGUGCGCCCAAGAGGACCAUACAGAGAUCGCGAAAACCUUGCUAGAUCACAACGCACAAAUUGAUCCUUCGACCAAGACCGGAUUUACUCCACUCCAUGUGGCUGCCCAUUUCGGACAAAUCAAUAUGGUUAAGUUCCUACUGGAAAACGAUGCAAACAUUGAGAUGAAAACCAACAUCGGUCACACUCCGUUGCAUCAGGCGGCUCAGCAGGGCCAUACAUUGAUUAUCAAUUUGUUGCUGAAGAACAAAGCCAACCCAGAAGCGGUUACCAACAGUGGCCAAACGGCGCUCUCGAUCGCCGACAAGUUGGGCUACAUCACUGUCGUCGAGACGCUCAAGGUGGUCACUGAAACCAGUGUCACACAAACGGUGGACGAAAAGUUCAAGAUUGUCGCUCCGGAAACGAUCCACGAGACCUUCAUGUCGGACUCGGAAGACGAAGGCGGAACGCACGAUGCCAAUCAGCUAACUGACACGAACGUUUUGAGUCAAACCCAGCAGUCGUGCAGCAGUAGUGGUGUUAUCAAGUACUAUCAGUCGCAGAUGCGUUACACACGCGAAGAUCCGAUCAUGUCCGACCAGCAGCAGUACAACUACAUGACGAGUGACGAAAAUAAACAGUUCGAUGACACCAAUAUCACCAACAUGAGCAUCGAUCCGAUGAAGGACGAGAAGUACUUGGAGAAGAUCAUUUCUAGCGCCGAGAAGUACACCUCGAUGGCGCCCCGCGAAAGCACACCCAACCCGCUCGACAUAACCGUCACCGAUAAUGUCAGCAUCACUCGAAAACCAAUCCAUGUCGGUAACAACCGCCCAUUGUCGCUGACUGUCGCUGGUUUAAGCGAAUAUGUCGAACGGAAAAACUUUGUGCCCCUGUGUAGGGAAAGAUUUCUAGUAUCGUUCCUGGUCGACGCUCGGGGCGGUGCAAUGCGCGGGUGUCGACACAGUGGUGUCCGUGUUAUUGUCCCCCCACGGUCAGCGGCCCAGCCAACGCGUAUCACCUGUCGGUAUGUGAAGCCGCAACGAAUAGCUAACGCCCCGCCGCUGAUGGAGGGCGAAGCACUUGUGAGCCGUAUUCUCGAGUUAGCUCCAGUUGGAGCCAAAUUUUUAGGGCCAGUCAUCAUUGAGGUACCACACUUUGCAUCACUGCGCGAAAAGGAGCGAGAGAUUAUCAUACUUCGUUCGGACAAUGGCGAAACCUGGAGAGAGCACACCUUGUACGACAGUGAAGAAGCAAUUCAUGACGUUUUGAAUGAAACGUUCAAGGGUGAUACACUCAACUUCCUGGAAGAUCUGCACACAAAUCGAAUCACUAGGAUUUUAACGAACGAUUUUCCGCACUAUUUUGCCGUGGUUUCACGAAUCCGGCAGGAAGUUCACGCUAUUGGACCGGAAGGUGGAACUGUUUCUGCCACUGCUGUUCCGCUUGUUCAGGCAAUUUUCCCACAAAAUGCCCUAACAAAGAAGAUUCGCGUCGGCCUGCAGGCACAACCAAUCGACAUGAAUAUGACAGCAAAUCUGCUUGGCCGAAGUGUCGCCGUGUCGCCAGUGGUCACCGUUGAGCCUAGGCGUCGCAAGUUCCAUAAGGCUAUAACUCUGAGCAUGCCAGCUCCGAAAGCCUACAAUUCGGGAAUGAUCAAUCAGUAUUCCGGAAAUGCUCCCACGCUGCGUCUGCUUUGCUCCAUAACCGGAGGUCAGAACAAAGCCAUAUGGGAGGACGUGACCGGUUCAACGCCACUGACUUUUGUGAAUGAUUGCGUUUCGUUCACAACGACAGUAUCGGCACGCUUUUGGCUAAUGGAUUGUCGUAAUAUCAAUGAAGCCACUAAAAUGGCAACCGAACUGUACUCACACACAUCACACGUUCCAUUCAUGGUGAAGUUUGUUGUAUUCGCUAAGCGAGUUGAUCAUAACGAAGCCAAACUGAGUGUUUUCUGCAUGACCGACGACAAGGAGGAUAAGACCUUAGAGCAGCAGGAGCACUUCACCGAGAUUGCUAAAUCUCGCGAUGUGGAAGUUUCUGAAGGUCGUCUGGUUUAUCUAGAGUUUGGCGGUAAUAUUAUACCAGUGAUGAAAAGUGGGGAACAAUUGUCAAUCCAAUUUAAUGCGUUCAAAGAAAAUCGUCUCACAUUUACGGUUAAAAUCAAAAACAAUCUCGAUGAUCUACUAGGACGUAUUUCGUUUAUGAACGAACCGAAAGUUGCCAAGGGAGAACCUACGCCGACCCCACUGUGCACUCUCAAUUUCACACUACCAUCGGAGAAAUACGGUCUCGGUGGAGAUGAGAUGGAAACGGCCUCUGAGUUCGAUCUGAGCUCAACCGAAGUGCUAAACUACGACCAGCAAUCGAUUGUGAAUGCAGCGAACAGAAGCAAAACAUUGAACUUUACCUUCCAAAAUGGCGAUGUGGGUAGCGAAAUACACAAAGCCGAUAUUAAAAUCACCGACAUUUGCAAUCUACUGGGAUCGGAUUGGCCAUUGCUUGCCGAAGAACUGCAGAUUUCACCGACCGAUAUAGAUCUUAUUAAAGCGGAAUAUCCAAACGACGAAGCACAACAAUCGAUCGUUAUGCUGCGGCUGUGGUUACGUCAGGCUGGGAAGGAUGCUACCGGAAAUGUAUUAGAACAGGCUCUCAUCAAGAUCAACCGAUCCGACAUUGUGAGCAAAUCAAUAACAAAUCUAGAGCUGGUCACCGACGAACGCGAGAGAAAGCUCGCUAAACAGCAGCUUGGUUCGACGAACGGACUCGAUGAGGUGGAUCCGGUGAAAAUCAACGGAAUAGAAUGCAAUUUAGAGGAUUCAACACACGAACCGGCAGAUGAAAAGCAGGAACACGAAACGGACGAAAAGAGUAAGGAACCAUCAUCUUUCUCAUCGCCGGACAACACCGAAGCCAUUCAGCAGAUUCGGAGGGAAAGCGGUGCCCUGUUCGGUAUCGCGUCAGCCAAAAAACAAGAUCUGGAAACUCCGCCGCCCAGUCCGGCUGAAUACAACAACCAAGCUGGUCUGACCGCCGACAAAGAGGAGAUCGCAGCCGUUGUAGAGGACGUACAAGAAAUCAUUCAAGCGGCCAUCGCGGAACAUGACACCACUGGAGACGACGAUGAAGAUUCCGUAGAAAUCAACGAGCCAGUGCUGGUACAGCAUAGAAUAACAGUACAAAAACCUUCUUUCGACUCCGGUGAUAACGAGGAAGAUGAUGAGUCGGAAGAUUUCGAGCAGCUUGAUCUAGAAACCGAUAAAAGUGGCAAGGUGAAAACGAUUAAAAAACAUUCGAAAGUCAAUAUCAAAAUUAACAAGCAGCUCGCUCAGCGACCGACUGUGGAGGAUAUUGAGUGGGAAGUUACUCCGCCCGCUAUUGCAGUUACCAGUGAUGGUGAAGAAAUUCCCACGGAAGUGGUUACGAAGGAGAUUUCAUCGGUUAAUCUGGAAGACGUUUCCAACGACCGAAGGUAUAGUCUGGAUAAUAUUGACCCACUGCCAGGUUCGCUACGGGUCGACGCGGGGCGUGUUUUUGAAAAGUCUUUCUCCACACCGGUUGAUGAUCAGCAGAAAGGGGAACAGAUUAUAAUGAUUUCGUCCGAUAAUAACAUCUCAGAGGUUGCGGCUGAUUAUUCCGGUGAUAUAGAUGAAUUUAUUUUUGUUCAAACCUCGCCGGAAAAUUUCGCGCAGCUCGAACGGGAACAAAAUGCCACCGACGAGGACGAUAACAGUAACCUGGUAAUCAUCACUGAAGAACACUACGACUAUGAGAUGGAGGAUGAUGAUCGAAGAUCAAGCGUAGUUGAUCAAUCGCCCCAAGAUGACGAAGAAGACGGACCGCAGAAAUUCAUCGUAUGCGGUAGUAGCUCCGAAAGUGACGAAGAACGUGUUGGCAAUAUUCGGAGUACAAAUCUGGCGGCAGGUCCGGUUGAAGGCGGAUUCGAUUGCCCCACACCAACCAUUACUGUUACGCAACAAUGUACGACAGCUGGUACGGCCAGUUACUCAACGCGAACCGGUGGCUCAUCUAGCGGAUCCGAUGUGGCAUUGCAUGAAACUGGCGGCGAGCUAAGCGAUGACGAUGAAACAGGCCAAGUCAUCUCUGUCCUGCAAAUACACGAACAAACAGCACAAAAGAGCACUAAUUCACCACCAGCAACAGCAACAGCAGCAGCUUCUAGCGUCGCACAAACUCCAGCUGCGGAAGCGGAAAGUGUCGAAAGAUUUUCCUCGAAGCAACAGCUUCCGGAAACCGACUUCAUUCAAUUCGAUUCUGUCGAAUCAGCACCAUCACCUGUUCAUGUUGAGGAGUCGCAGAUUGUGAUGACUGUCGAUACCGUCAUAGUCAGCACUGUUCCACUGGAUAUAGAUAAUAAGGAAAUGAAUCACGAUCCGUCUGCUAUUGGUGAUCAAAACGAUUCUGAACACGUGGUGACGGCCAUUCAGAGCAAUGAUGAUAAAAAUUAUCUAGUGCAAAACAACGACUCCGCUAUGGUGGUGGAACCUAGUGAACCGCCAGCGACCGCUGAUCUUGGUACCUGCCGGACGGAAACAAACACGUUCGUCAACGAAUCUGAUGAUGGCUCCCUGCGCACGACUGUGAUCACUACGACCACCACGAUCAACGCCACAUCCGAUCAGAUACCGGACGAGCUUCAGCAUCAGCUGUUCGAGCAGAUGCAAUCCGUUGCGGCCGCAGCAGGUCAGGACGAGCGGAACUCGGUGGUGACAACCGUGACAACUACCGCCGACGAAACAUAUGAACCAGGUUCGCCGAAUAGUAACAAGACAACGACAACGACAAAAACCAUCACACUAACCUCAACCGAUGGCGAUUUCCCCGAGGAUGAACUGCUGCGGAAAAUUACCACGGCCACGCAGUUUCUGCAGCAGUCCGGCAUGCCGGAGCUUGUGAAGGAGACACGAACCGUCACCGUGCAGGAAGCGGUCGACGGGAAACUCGAUGGUAAACCUUCGAUCAACACGAUUGUUGACGAGUUUUUGAACGAGGAACGGAAGAACUAAUUCUGCGUAGUGCGUCACCAGUUCAAAAGUUUAGGCGUAGCGAAGUCGUUAAUUAAGAUUGAAAUAAUUCUAUUUUUGUGGCCAAAAAUUGAAAUCAAGAACAAAAAUUUAUUGAUAUUGAUACAUUGUGUAGGACCACGUCGAGCGUAGAUUCGGAAACUGUUUUCCAAUGCUCUUGGUUGAGCCUCUCGAGGGAAGUUUUCAUCUUUCAUGAUUAUGAUUGUGUUACUCUAAAACAGUGUGUUUCUCGGCACAAUCAGCACCACGAUGUAUUACAAAAUAGUAACUAACACACGAACACACACACUUCAAGUUUUCAGAGAUCCUAUUUAAUUAAACAGUGCCUAAGUUACGAAGUUUUCUUUCGUAGUAUCUUACCAAGGCGAAGUGUGCCGAGCGGUUAGGUAGGGUAGGAGUACUGAACAGAUUUAGCAGAACAGUCUUUCGCUUCAAGCGAUCGGGAUUGUAAAUUAUUCGAUGAGCGAAAAAGAUUAUUUAUUUUUCUAACAUUUAUAACCGCCGCGCGAAUUACGUCAGGCAGACACGUAAAUUGAUCCGACAUUUGUUCUAUAUUUUGAUAGGAUUUAAAUAAACGGAACGAUCGGCAACUAAUACAGUUUUCGGACAGUGAAGGCAAAAUUGAGUUUUGGUGAAAUUUUUGUUUGACUCAUUCUUUGGUAGUAACCCUCCCGAAAGUCUGUGAGUGAAAUAUGCGAAACAGCAGGUGCUGGCAAAAGAAAUGCAAUACGUGAUAAAUGGUAACUUUGUUCAUAUUCAACAGCUAAAUCUUUACAAAACCACAAUGAAAAGUAUAAACACAAAUUAUAACUGAUUGGAAAAUUCAUGUAAGAAAUUAAUAUAUACAAAUAUAUAUAAAAAUAUCUAUCGAAUAACGGACAGAUUAUACUAUCAGAAAAUGUAGCUUUUAGCACUUUCGCUUUUCGCUGAUUGCCUAACGAAAAAAUAAAAGCAACAAAGGAAAUCGCAGAAAUGAAAUGUAGAUGUCACUACUAUAAAAACAGUAUUUUAAGAAGUGUUUCACCUUUGUUUUUAAUAUUAUACUUCCCAGUUUGUGUGACUAUUUAUUAAUUUCCCCUAAACCUCCCCAUAAGGUAGCUACUCGAGCAGAUUUUUCCUUUCCUAUUCUGUUUGUCGUAUUAUUGGUAGUCAUAUUUGUUAUAAUGCGUAAUUGUAUUUUUCGUUGUUUUUAUUCACACCAACCGUCCUAUCGUAAGCAGCCAGUUCUCGUGCAGCGAAGAGAGUGUACUUUUUCUUCCGAAACACACACACACAAAAAAAGUUCAAAACCAUGCAUCACACAGCUUAGUGCUCUAUUCGUAGCUAUUGCCCAACUCGUUUGAAUAUAGAAAAAUUGUAGCACAUCAAACCAAGGAGUCCGAUAUAUUUUUGAUCAACAAAAAAUCACUGAGUGAAAUACGAAGCUGUUCAUCUGACUAAUAUGAAACAAACUCAAUAUGAAUUGUGAAUAUGAAAAAAAAGUUAUUUACAAAAGUAUAUUGUUCGAUGAUGGUGAAAACAGAUUCAACUAUAUUAAGUGACACAAAUUAAUAACUAUUAAAAAAUAAGGUUGGAGAUAUGAGAUGCAAACGAAAUACAUUCACGGCAAAAUACUGCAAAUUUCAUUCAUUAGAAACACAGAGGAAUAGUAAUAAUGUAUUGCAUUAUUAUAUAUAGGUAUAAACACUGUGCGCUACCACUGGCAAAACAACAUUGAAACAUAUUUAAAAUUGAUCAAGUGAAGAUUUGAAGAAACAGAAAUAAAUUUAAUCCAGCUGAA